GAUGGUAUGGAGCCAGAAUUUUCCAUUUGAAGGUCUUGGUUAUUUUUAACUUGGGGUCACGUGACGAGUGUGUCAUGUGGAACACUAAAAAUGUAAUGACGGUGCCUCGAUGCGGAGUGCGUUUGGCGUCAGUAGUCAGUCACAGUGGAGAGUCGGGCUAGCCUAUCGCACUUUCGUGCCAACUAUCGAUGGGAUGGACAGAGAUUCAUGGUUUAGGCCUAGUUGUAAACAUAGCCUCUCAUCUUAACUACUUCUACAGUGACUGGCAUGAUCUUAGUAUACUUCAAGGAGCUUUUGGAGGAAAGGAGACUCGUUCAUUUACUGAGGAAUCACACAGUAUUUUUGUUUAGAAAGAAAAGUGCUGCCUCUGCUUGUGUUGACAAAAUCCACGAUCCAUGGACUAUGGACGCCGCGGUCAUAGCUUCGUUUUGACACGCUAUGGAUAGCCUAAUGAACAAAGAAGUCAUGUGCAUUUGUCUCUGGUCAUGUAGCUUUAGGAGAACAUGGAGAUCGUAAUUUUGAGUGAUGAUGUUACUUUCAUCAUUUUCAUAAAGAAGAAUGGAUCUGGAUCACUUGGACAUGAACAGAGAUUCGAAAAACGAGGCUGAAAACUCUGGAAAAAAACUUCAUCAAAUGUUGUUGAAACUUGUGAAUAAUAGUCAUUUUGAGACUUUAUUUAAGUACAGUCAUAACUGUUGGAUAGUGGUCAUGAAGUUUCUGUUUGGAUUUGGAAAAUUCAUGCAGCUACAAUGUCGAUUAGAGCGAAUGGAGAGACGCAUGUCUAUUCUGAAGCACAGAGAGGAACCCCAGGAAGGUCCUUCUACCAAGAAUGGGGAUGAUGCGAUGGCAAAAGUCAGUGGAUCCACCCACUCUAACAGUGUUCCUAAGGGGAAAUCGGAGGUGUCAAGAAAAGAAUUCAAAAGGAAAAGGAGAGGGACCAAAUCAAACUUUUCCCAAAGGAAACAACAUAAACAUCGAAAACUCGAAUUAUCUCCUGCAGAGACAGCCUCAGAGAAAGAGGAGAGUGAUGAUAAUCGGUCUUCUGCUGAUUCAGAUGAUGAGGAAGAUGAUCAAACAGAUUCUGACCAUGACUCUAAUGAGAAAGAAAAUGAGUCUGAUGAAGAUGCUGGUGUUUCAGAGAUAGAGGAGAAAAUAAUAGAUUAUCCAAUAAUGCAGACUGAAACAUUAUAUCAUCUGUAUUACCCAAAACAUGUAUUCGCAAGUGUGGAUACCAGCACUAUACCGGAGAGACCAUCACAGUUGGACGUUGAGACCCCAUCUUGGAGACUGAAACCCUUGACGAACAUGUACCAGUUGGAGGGCACAGAGAAUAUUACAGAUGAGGCAUACUACAAGAGACAUCAAAAAUUUGAAAUGGAAGAGAAAAGGAGAAAAAGAUGGGACCUUCAAAGAAUAAGGGAACUGCGUGUGUUCGAAAAGCUUCAGAAACAAAAGGAGGAUGAAUUGAGGGCAAGUCAGGAUGAAGUUGAUGUGGAGACUUUUUUGCCUUCUGUACAAGAUUUGAAACACAUUGAAGUUACAGAGUCAUUACCGGUCAUGGCGUUUGGUCAACCUGUACCUUAUGUAUCACCAGCGGAGUUUGAAAUACCGUGGGAAGUCUCGAGUUCUGGUUUAGCGUCAUCGAGUCGACAAAGGAGUAAUAGCUCACAUUCCAGACGCCAUUAAUAUAUUGUUCAUCAUCUGAGUACUGUACGAUAUCAUCAGCAUUUCUCGUUGGUUGUAAAUUAAUUCUGAUCUUUUCCAAGCUGAUUGUGAAAGGAUGGUUUCUGCAUUAAGUGGCUGUUUGUAUUUGAAGUAAGUGAAUUAUGAAUAAUUGUUACCAUUCUUAAUGUUCUUAAAUAUGCUAUAUCCUAAUAAACUUGUGUAGACUUCUAGAAUAUUUAUGGUUAUAAAAAAAGCUUUUACCAAUGGAAUUUAAGAUCCGCCUCUGAAAUGACAAUCUUAACUGAUAAACAAAAUAAAAAAAGGAGGAUGAUGACUUCAGUUCUGAAUGAACCUUUUAAAAAGGUAUUUUGUUUAUUUUUCUUGCUCAAGUUAACAAUUUUGCCAAUUUAAAUUUGGAAUACUGGUUGUGGCAAGCAGAACAAUAUUUUAAGUUUCGGGGAUUUAUAUUUCAUCUUUGUUCAGGUUCCCCUGAUCAUAGCACAUACAUGUUUAAGUUGUUCAACGAUGGUAAAAGGUACCUUGGUUGUACUGUUAUUUUGUCAUUUUAUUGUACAAAAAAAAUGACAAGAAAAUUCUGAAUAUACCUCUAGUAAACUUUGCUGUUUUUAUUGAUUGAUUAUCUUCAUAAAGGUUGAAAUAGGUUUGGUUGUCUACUGUAACAUCUAGCUCAUGCUAAAGAGUCGAUGUCACAAGAAAUCCACUUAAUUCCUUGUAGGUACUUGUUCCUAUUAGGAAUCAUGAAAAAUAUGAAAAUCGUAAGCCUUGACCAUAGCAUCAAACUGGACUUUGGUUAUGUGCAAAGGUGCGUCUUUGAUACAGCAUUGGUAGAAUGUAAAAAAAAAUUCUGAAAAUUUGGACUUACAUGGAUUGUUUGCGACAGCGAUGAUAUACAGUGUUGCAAUGGAUAAUACUUAGCCUACCAUCUUUGAGUCAAGUCAGACAAAGAAAAAAUGUACAAAGUGAAAAAACAAGCAGCAGUUCUAGCUUUGAAGUGCUGUUUGUUUGCCUUCUUUUCAUGAGAUAGUCGGGUCCUUAUUGAUGUUAGGUCUCUCACUCUGUAACACAUAUUUUGUUUAGUGAUCAAUGUCUUAAUAAUAAAAUGAGAGUCAAGGUACACUAAAUUAAAAGUGACGUCCUCACCUCUGCGGGACUCAGGAAUUGGGACUCUUCUUUUUUUUGUUACGAAGUUCUUCCUGACUGGUCAUUCAGGAUGAUCUUUUAUGUCUGAUCUGUGCUGAUGCUGGGCAUUUGAACAUUUUAUUAAUGUUUGCCACAAAAUUUAUUGUGGCAAAGAAUAUCUUAUGCCUUUAAGAAUGAAUAACAUGUAAAUGAUGUUUAAGGGU